AUGAUUUAAUCGAGAUGCUAUGCAUUUUAAAUUUUUUUCUUGAUGCUUUCAACAACAUUUUGUAUAGAACCUUCAAAAAUUUGUGUUUGUGGUCAUAUUCAGACUAGAGAAAUAUGCUUAAAAUCAAGUAUCUGUAUUUGGGAUAAUGAAAAAUGUGUAAUAAAAUCAGGAUUAAAGUAUUUAACAAGCAAAUAGGACUCUAAAUUAUGCUAAAGUUAUGAAAAUGAAGAAUGUAGAAGACUUUAACAUUGUGGGUUCCACUUAGGUAAAUGUAUUGAUUUCGGAGGUUGUGAGAUGUAUAAUAAGGAUCUUUGUGAAGUUGCUUCGUUUUAAUGUGUAUCUGAUGGUAUAAGAUGCAUCAAAAUAAGAGAGUGUAUAAACUAUCUAAGUCAAAUUGAAUGUAAUAAUAAAAGUAAAAAAGGAACUUAUUGUGUAUGGAAAAAAUAAGAAUCAAUCAAAUGUUAGGAUGUUGAUAAAUGUGAAGAUCUACCUAUAUAUCUAACAGAUCACAAAAAAUGCAAUGAAAGCUUAGAAGGAUGUACAGUGAAUGCCAUAAAUUAUGGUUGCAUUCGUCAGAUGGAAUCAUGUAGUGAAUACAUGAAGGAAAGUUAAUGUUAUUCAACAUUAAAUAAUAGAUAAAUAUGUUUUUGGUUAAAAGAAUAAAAGAAGUGCUUGGAGAAAAUAUGUGAUAAUUUUCCUUUUAAGACAGAUUACUAAUGUAAAUCAUAAUUAAACGAAUGUACUACUAAUGGCAUUCAUUGUGUCAUUAGAAAGGCUUGUUAAGAUGCAAAGAUGGAAGCAGGAUGUGUUACUGAUAAUCUAGGAAAUAUCUGUUAGUAUUAUUAAGGAGAAUGCCAAAAUAAGACAUGUUAUACUGCUUUAAAUUUGUUUAACAAUUAUAAUUAGUGUUAAGAGUAUGACAAAGAUUUAGAUUGUGUUACUUCUGAAAAGGGAGGUUGUAAACCUAGACCAACAAUGUGUUCUGGUUAUAUUGUAGUAAUAGAUUGUUAUUCAAUAAAAUCUUAAGAUUGCAUUUGGAUUAAUAAUAAAUGUGAAAAGAAACAAUGUCAUCAUGCUCCGACUGAUUAUGCUCAUUCAGACUGUAAAUUAUAUGGUAAUUGCAUCGGAAAAACAGGGGGAGGAUGUGAAACUACACCUAAAGAUUGUGAAAACAUUUCUAAUUAACUUUUUUGUGAUGUGAAUUCAUCAAGUUAAUAGUGUAUUUGGACAAAUAAUUAGUGUGUUCUUUUAAUUUGUAAUCAAUUAACUUUACCAGAUUAUCAAGAUCAUAAGUCUUGCCAAAAAGCCAGUACAAAAUGCACAUAUAAUUUUUAAUUUUAAGGAUGCACUGAUUUUACAUGUGAAAAUGUUCAAGAAGCAGACUUUUGUAAAAUUGAUUCUUAAGGCAAUUCAUGUUCAUUAAAUUAAGGUUGCAUCUUAAAACAAUGUAAAACUGCUCCUUCUACAUAUAAAACUCAUUAAGAAUGUGAAGAAUGGAUGUCAGAGUGCACUGUUUAGCUAUUUUAGUUUGCUUCAACAAAAGCUUCUUUAGGAUGUGUCAAGAAAAAUAUAGAUUGUUAAUUUUAUUAAUAAGAACAAUGCUAUACAACUAUUGAAGGGUAUAAAUGCAUAUGGAAUUCAUCAUUAAAAGAGUGUUAAUAUGAUAAUUGUUCAAGUGCUGAUAUUAAUUUAUAUAACAAAAAUGAGGAUUGCGCAAAUUUUAAAAUAUUUGGUUAAUAAUGUAUAAUUGAAACCAGCGGAUACGGAUGCCAAAAUUGGCCAACUAGUUGUAAUGAUAUGAAAAUUGAGGAUUAAUGUAAAUUAAAUCUAUAAAAUGGAACUCAAUGUUUUUGGUCAGGAACUAUUUGUAAAUUAAAGGAAUGCUCUGAUGCCAUUAAUACAGAAUAUACAAAUAACAUAGAGUGUAAUUAAUGGAUGGAUGAUUGUAUAUAUAAUCAAAUAAUUGGAGGAUGUUAGACAAGGCCAUCCAAUUUGGAAUGUUUUUAAUCUCCAAAUACCACUAUGUAUGAUAGUCAUCAAAAAUGUUAUGCUUGGAAUCCUAAAUGUACUGUAAUAGAUAAUUUCAAAUCAGAAGGAUGUAUCAAAAAGUUAGAGUAAUGCUCUCAAUAUACAAGAGUAAGCAGUUGCAAAUCAACCAUAGCAGGAGACCAUUGUUAUUGGGAUGAUCUAAAAUAAAAAUGUUAAAUUUGGGAUUUUGAUAAUAAUUCUAUUCCAGAUUGUUAGAAUAGAAUAUAUGGGGAUUUAUCACAUUAAGAUUGUUAAUCUUUCCUAUCAAAAUGUACAUUAGGAAAUUUUCCUAGAUCAUGCACUUCAAAUAAUAAAACAACAUGUUCUUAUUUUAAAGAGUAAUAAUGUGUAGUUACAGUUUUGUAACAACCAUGUUAAUGGGAUUACACUAACAAAUUGUGUAAAUCUGUUUAAUGUAUUGAUAAUACUACUGCUACUACUGAUAGUGAAUGUUUAAGAUGGAGAAGAAAUUAUGAAUGUUAAUUAAAAAUAAAUCAAAAUGGAAGUUUUGGGCCUGGCUGUGAAAAUAGACCAGAAGAUUGUCAAUAAAUUAAAGAUUCAACUAUCUGUAAUCUAACAUUCACCUUGAAAGGAUAAUCCUGUUUCUAUAUUUAGAAGAAUAAAAAAUGUCAGUUGUUAACAGCUGAUAAUUCUUGUGAGUUGGUGACUUUUGCAAAGAGUAAUGAAUAAUGUCAAUAUUAUUAAAAAAAUUGCAUCUUAUAAUAAGAAGGUUAAAAUUGUAUCUCAUUUGUUAAAUGUUCUAACUUAAGUUAAAAUACUUGUGGUAAAGCUGAAAUGUCAUUUAAUUAAAGAUGCGCUUAUUCUUCUAAUUAUUGUAGGUCAAAUAAUAAUUGUUCAGAUAUAGAAAAACAUUAAAGUGCAUGCGAUAAUAAAUUGGAUGGUUUUAAGAAUCGUUGUUAAUUUUUUAUCUAUACUCAAUUUGAUAUUGAUGGAAAUUUAUUUUAUUAAUAUUAAUGUUAAUAAUAUACAAGUAAAUAAUUAUUGACCUUUAGUUCAGAUGAUAUUUAAAUAAGAGCAUAAGAGUGUUAGAAAUUUUCAGCAGACUACUAUUAUUAUAAAGAUUAUUGUAAAAGUAAUUCAAAUUGUGACUAAUUAUCUGUUUUUGGAAAAGAUAUUUGCAACUCAGGAAACUUGUCUAGUUAAUAGCUAUGCGGAUAUAAUUCAUCAACAAACAAAUGUGAAAACAGAAAGUGUGAACAUCUAAAUCUACCAACUUUAGAAAGUAAAGAUUGUUUUGAUUGGAAUUAUGAUUGUGUUUUAUCAAAUAAUGGGUGUAUUAAAUUUUCAGGUAAUGAUUGCUCUUAAAUUAAACUUAUUUACUAAUGUUUACAGUAUUCAUAAUGUAAAUGGUAAACUGGUAAUUGUGUAAAUAAUAUAAAUUGUGAAAUUAAUACAACUGCUUUAUUUAAUUAUGAAUGCUUAUUAAUUUCACCUUAACUUUGUAGAUUGAAUUACAAUUUUGGUUAAGGAUGUGCUUUUUUAUCUUGUUCAAAAAUAACUGAUUAAAUUUUAUGUAAUUCAGCUAAUACUAGUGAUGGAUAAAGUUGCAAAUGGGUGAAUACGUGUAUAUCAAAACUUUGUCAAGAUUAUACUACUUAAGUUAGAUGUUCAGAGAAUUACUAAUCAUAAAUCUUUUAAAGUUAAACAGUUUUGAUAAAAUGUUAUUGGUGUAAUGGCUCUUGUAUAACUAAUAAUUUUUGUGAUUCUUCUAUUUCAAAUCCUCCAAUUUAACAUUCAGAUUGUUAUAAAUUAAAUCCUAUGUAAACAAUUAGUAUAAGUUUCAUAAAUAAAUGUACAUUAAAGAAAAAUUCUUGCUAAGAUUAUACUUAUUAGGCUGCUUGCGUAAUUACAAUAAAUGAUAUAAAAUGUUAUUGGGAACAGUCUGAUUCUAAGUGUUAUGACUUUUGUAAAUCUAAUAAAACUGGUCCUUACGAUCAUAUUGAUUGUGUUAAUUUUGACAAUUAAUGUAUGUCAUUAAAUAAUACAUGCUAACUAUUGGAUUGUUCUAUUUUAACAAAUGAAGGUGAUUGUUAAAUUUUUUCUUAAAAGUGUUUUUGGGAUGGAACUCUUUGUUAAACGGUUAGAGAUUGCAGUAACUUUCACUCCCCCUCAUUAUGUACAUAAAAUUCAGAUGGAAAGGCUUGUUUUUGGGAUGGUACAAUUUGUGUUGAAAAAUAAUGCUCCAAUCGCCCAAGCACUUCUCAAUCUUCUACUGAAUGUAAUAAUUGGUUAGACCAUUGCGUAUUCGAUUCCAACACUUCAAGUUGUAUAGAAGAUUGCGAAUCAGCAGAUUACUCUUAUACAACUCAUGAAUAAUGUGAAGACUUUUAUCCCAAUAAAAUAUGCACUCUUAAACCAGGAUUAAUUUAAUGUGUUUAAUUACCAUUGAGCUGUUCUAUUGCUAAAAAAACCUAAUGUUUCAAGGAUAUAUUAGGUAACUAAUGUUAUUAUUUAAAAACUACAAAUUAGUGUGUCAAUUUAUAAUGUUCUAUCUUAGAAGAUAAUACUCAUAUAGAAUGUAACUAAAAAUUAAAGACAUGCACAGUUAAUGCAACUCUUAAUGGAUGUUAAUUGCUUGAUUAGUGCAAUAAUUAUGUUAUUUAAGAAUAAUGCAAAAUAGAUCUCCUAUAUUAAGAAUGUGAAUGGAUUAAUAAUUAGAAUAAAUGUACUCUAAAAAAUUGCACUACUGCUUAAUUGAGUAUUUAUUCUGUCAAUACUUGUUAAUAAUAUUUUUAUUCAAAAUGCACAGUCAAUCAAUCAUUUGAUGGUUGCGUUAUUCCUUUUAAAAGUUGUUCUGAAUAUUCAUUAGAUUAAUGUUAGAGUUUAGGUUAAAUAAAUUAUGAUGGAAUAUCAUGCUUUUGGGAUGAAUAGAAAAAAAAAUGUUAGGAUAAAAUAUGUAUAAAUGGACCUCCUAUAGCUUUAAAUGAUGCAGAAUGUAUUGAUUAUUUAAAUGUUUGCCAAAGAGGAGGAUGUAGAAUUAAAAAUUGCUAUGAUUUUUAUUAUCCUUUUGAUUCAGCAUGUGCAUCAAUCUUUGAAAAUAAGAGUUGUACAACAAAUGGAUUUUAAUGUGUUCUUCGAGAAUAAUGUGAAAAUGUACUAAUAUAAGAUGGAUGUACUUAUGAUAUAAAUCUAUAGCCAUGUAUUUGGUUAAACAAUAAAUGUUAAACUAAAACUUGUGAAACAGCUCCUGAAACAUUAAAUAAACAUUAAGAAUGUGAAUCAUAUUUAUUAACUUGCACAGUUAAAAAAGAGGGAGGUUGUAUAUAAAAGAAGGCUUGUGAAGAUAAUUUAAUUAAAAAAUAAUGUCACUCAGAUAUUGAUAAUUAAGAAUGUGUAUGGGAUGAUUAAUUAAACUAAUGCUUCAUUAAUUAAUGUAUUGGUUUCUGUGGAGAUGGAAUAAUCUAAAACAAUGAAGAACAAUGUGAUGAUGGUAAUUAUAUACCUUAUGAUGGAUGUUAUUAAUGUUAGUUUUAAUGUUCAUUUGGUUGUAUUGAUUGUGAUUAAGGAUAAGGUUGUAAAAAAUGUGACAAUUAAUUUAUCUUAAAUUAUGAAACAGAGAUAUGUUAAGAGAUUAAAGUUUUAAUUGAUGAGGAUGAAACUUAAAAUAUCGAAGAAUCAAAUGAAAUUAUUGAUCAAAGAUGCGGUGAGAAUUAAAUUUUUAUAAAUUUUUAAUGUGUAUCUUAGUGUGGAAAUGGAGUUCUUAAUUCAAAAUACGAAUAAUGCGAUGAUGGAAAUUAAAUUGGAGGAGAUGGAUGCUCAUCUUUUUGUAGUGAAGAAGAUUCUUAUCACUGUCGAAAUCAAGAAAAUGCUACCAGCACUUGUUCUUAUAUUUUACCUCCUGAUUUAAUUAUUGCAAGCCUCUCUAGUAAAACUAACCAAACUUAAUUGAUUGAAUUAAGUUUUACAUAAAAUGUCAAAUUAACAGCAAAUUUAAACUUUGAAGAAAUUGCCGUGAUCACGAUUAUUCCAGAUACUUAUGCAUCUAUUAAUAUUAAGCCUAUUGUAAAUAUCUCAACCUCAUUUAACCAUCCAGUAUAUUAGAUUAUAGUUGAACUCAUAGAGCCUGUAAAUAAUCCUGUGCUUUAGAUUGAUUUUGUGUUAUCAAUGAUAAAAAAUGAAUUUGAUUUAGAUUUAGUGAGAAACUAAAUUUCAAUCAAGCUUGGUAACCCUUUUAUUCUACCUGAAACUACCCAUGAAAAAGUUACAUAAAUUAUGCUUCUUAAUGAGAUUAUGAUUUACUCUAUGAUUGCUAUCUCAGGGCUAACAUUGCUUACAGGAAAUACUAUACUCUUUUUUAAUUUAUUAGAACUAUUAUAGUCGUUGUCUUAUAUUAAAUUUAUGUAGUAUUUAUUUCCACCUAAUUUGGUGUAAUUUCUCAACACUUAUACUAAAAUAUCAUUAAAACCCAUAUUAGAUUAUUUUCAUAUAGAAGAUAUAUUAAAAUCUUUGAAUGGAGGUAGCUUACCAUUUUAUAGUAAAAAAAAAUUAGAUUAAAAUUAAACUAAUCCAUUAAAUUAGUUUUAUUUACUCAAUGCUUAAAGUUGUUACUUCUCCAUUUUUUGCUCAUUAAUCACAUUUUUUAUUUGUGUAUUACUGACCUCUCAAAAAGUCACUUAUUUGUUAAAAAGGUAAUUUAGAAAAUUUCAAAAUAAUUUGAUAUAUCUUCGAUGUGAGGCAUUUAUAUUUAGGAAGGUCCAAAAUUUUUGUUUAAAAUUCAAAAAUGAAUACUACUCUUUUGGAAUUAUUAAAGUUUAUUAAGCAAUUCUACAUUAAUUUUUAUUUAGUGUAUUAUUAUAAUUUCCUGAAUAUCACUUCAAUUCUCCACUUAUGAUAUUUAAUAGUAUCAAUGCAAUUAUUGGAUUAGUGAUAGUUUCAUAUAUAGGACUCCAAUUACUUUCUAUUACAUCAUUGAAAAUAAAGGAUUAAAAAAAAUGGAAAUAUUUUUAUCAAGAUUCUAAAGCUCAAUUUUGGGCUGCAAAUUACAAAUCAUUCUAGAUUUAUAAAACAAUGUUUUAUAUUUUUAUUAUUGUCGAAGCUUUUGAAUAUCCUUAAAUAUAAUCAAUUUUACUCUCCAUGUCUUCACUUUUCAAUUUAGGUUACAUAUUAAAAUUUAGACCUCUUAAAUCCAAGUAUGAAUACAGCAAAAUCAUCUCCAGAGAAUUUUUAUUUGCUCUAAUAACAGGGUCAUUUUUAAUUUAUAGCUUCAGUUUUAAUUAAAAUUAGCAUUUAUUUUUUGGGUGGAUUCAUAUCUCCUUCUUUUCUUUAAUGUUAGUCUUAAAUUUAAGCAUUGAUUUAAUUGAAUGUAUAAAAAAUGGCUGGAUUAAUUAUUAAAGAAACAAAGACUUAUAAUAAAUAAAAGAACAAAAAAAAUUUUAUAAGAAUCGACUUUAAAAUUUUAUAUAUAUUGAUGUCAAUCAUUUAAAUUGA